AUGGAUGUGAGGGGGAGUCUGGCGAUGUGGUGUGGUAGAUUAUAAAGGUGUUGGUGUUUCAUGUGAGGCUUGUGUGUGUUUGUGUAAAAGGAGCGUGCAGGGGUGUGUGUGGAAGUGUUCAUGGGGAUGUGUAUGUGUACUCUAUACAGAUGCUUUCAGCCUUCCACUUCUAUGUGGGCUACAUCUCGACAAAGUUAAAUCUCGCCUCACACCUGUAGGCUGCAUCCUCAAGUCAUUAUUAUCAGAGAGGCAAAUGAUGUGAGAGGCCAGAACGUUUCUUUGAUGGCUCAAUGGCUAAAUCACAUUGACAUUCUCCCUCUGUGAAGGUGCUACUUUGCCUCCGCACAUAAUAACAUUGACAUUUCUCCCAUUCAAGGUGCUAUUUGGCCUUUGCACACACAGUAUCCAGCUGACACACGCACACACACACAACAAACCUAUUUGGUCUCCUUAUGGCUGUAUCUAUGCAAAGAAUAUGGUGUGAAAAAUGUAUAACUGCAUCAGUCUCUCAACCCUUGAAGGGGUAUUUCCCCUUAAUGCAGAAACUCUCUCACACGUGCGUGAGCACAUGCCUCCUUUCACAAGUGAAUAUGUGACAGGCAGUGUUACACCCUCACUCUGGUGUGUCUUCAUGUCUUUCACGCACUGUGUGUGUGUGUGUGUGUGUUCCAUCCUCAACACCCACUAAUGGGUAAAAACAUCUCCUCUAAUUGAAAUGAUGCAUCCAUUAACACAUUCUGGUCAACGUGCCAGCCUUUAUUCUCGUGGGGACCUAAAAUUAAUUUCCAUUCAAAAUCCUAUUUUCCCUAACCCUAAUUGUAACCCUAACUCUAAUUGUAACCUUAACCCCUAAGCUUAAUAUAGCCUUUGUCUUCAUGGGGAUGUGGGAAAUGGCCCCACGAGGGAAAAUGUUCCUUGUUUUACUAUCCUUGUGGGGACUUUUGGAUUUUAGGUCCACACAAGGAUAGAAGAACCAACACACACACAAACCAGCCUCUAGGGUGCCUUAGAACUUGUGGCUUCCAUAUUGAGUUGACAAUACAUGACCUUAUAGAUCAGUGUGUUUUUUAUCUUGAGAGUUGGCUGGGAGGACUGGUGAGGUUUGGGUUUUUUGUUGAUGCAGGGUCUGUUUUUUUUUUUUAUAAGAAAGUGUUUUUGCAAUAAGAGUAUCAAAGUGUCUCUCUCUUUUUCUCGCUCUCCCCCUCCCUCUUUUGAAACAGGAAUUUAGCCUAAUAUGUGUGAGCAGUUUUGGUAUUAAAGCAAUUUUUGCUGUUUUAAUGUUUGUUUGAAAGUAUGAUAUUGAGCCAAUAAAUUGGAUUGAAAUUCAAAUUCCCCCUCUCGCUCCUUCCCUCUCCCCUCCCUUCCUCUCGCUCUCCUCUAGGAGUCUGAGGCCAGGGCGUCACCCAGAGGAGGACGACAUAGUGCCUGAGCUGGCCCGCCUGAUCUACCCCCGAGAGAGACCUGACUGGGAGGAGACCAUCAGCGCCAUGGUGAGCUGGAGGCCACUGACAGAGAUGCGCGCGCACGCACACGCGCUUACAUACAUGUACACACUAGUGAUGGGGGCAUAAAUUGACAGUUACAUAUCGAAAUAUUGUUUUUGGAUGGUAUUAUAUCGAUAUUUGACUCCAAGUAUUGAUAAAAAUAAAUAAAUAUAUAUAUAUAUAUAUAUAUAUAUAUAUACACACACACACACACACACACACACACACACACACACACACACACACACACACACACACACACACACACACACACACACACACACACAGUACCAGUCAAAGUUUGGACACCUACUCAUUUGGACACCUGCACACUCUUGGCAUUCUCUCAACCAGCUUCACCUGGAAUGCUUUUCCAACAGUCUUGAAGGAGUUCGGAAAUAUGCUGAGCACUUGUUGGCUGCUUUUCCUUCACUCUGCGGUCCGACUCAUCCCAAACCAUCUAAAUUGGGUUGAGGUCGGGGGAUUGUGGAGGCCAGGUCAUCUGAUGCAGCACUCCAUCACUCUCCUACUUGGUCAAAUAGCCCUUACACAGCCUGGAGGUGUGUUGGGUCAUUGUCCUGUUGAAAAACAAAUGAUAGUCCCACUAAGUCCAAACCAGAUCAGAUGGCGUAUCGCUGCAGAAUGCUGUGGUAGCCAUGCUUUUUAAGUGUGCCUUGAAUUCUAAGUAAAUCACAGACAGUGUCACCAGCAAAGCACCCCCACACCAUCACACCUCCUCUUCCAUGCUUUACGGUGGGAAAUACACAUACGGAGAUCAUCCAUUCACCCACACCACGUCUCAUAAAGACACGGUGGUUGAAACCAAAAAUCUCCAAUUUGGACUCCAGACCAAAGGACACAUUUCCACUGGUCUAAUGUCCAUUGCUCGUGUUUCUUUGCCCAAGCAAGUCUCUUCUUAUUAUUGGUGUCCUUUAGUAGUGGUUUCUUUGCAACAAUUCGACCAUGAAGGACCGAUUCACACAGUUUCCUCUGAACAGUUGAUGUUGAGAUGUGUCUGUUACUUGAACUCUGUGAAGCAUUUAUUUGGGCUGCAAUUUCUGAGGCUGGUAACUCUAAUGAACUGCAGCAGAGGUAACUCUUGGUCUUCCAUUCCUGUGGUGGUCCUCAUGAGAGCGAGUUUCAUCAAAGCGCUUGAUGGUUUUUGCGACUGCACUUGAAGAAACUUUCAAAGUUCUUGAAAUGUUCCACAUUGACUGACCUUCAUGUCUUAAAGUUUAUUUUGCUAAUUUGCACCCCAGUAUCUCUAUUUGCACAUCAUCUCUUGCACAUCUAUCAUUCCAGUGCUAAUACUAAAUUGUAAUUAUUUUGCACUAUGGCCUAUUUCUUGCCUUACCUCCAUAACUUCCUACAUUUGCACACACUGUAUAUAUAUUUUCUGUUGUAUUUUUACCCCAUAUGUUUUUUUUUUUUAUCACACUGCUUUGCUUUAUCUUGGCCAGGUCGCAGUUGUAAAUGAGAACUUGUUCUCCAAUUGUUUACCUGGUUAAAUAAAGGUGAAAAAAAAAUAAUAAUAAUUUUUUACAGUAAUGAUGGACUGUCGUUUCUCUUUGCUUAUUUGAGCUGUUCUUGCCAUAAUAUGAACUUGGUCUUUUACCAAACUCUGUAUACCCCCUCUACCUUGUCACAACUCAACUGAUUGGCUCAAACGCAUUAAGAAGGAAAUAAAUUCCACAAAUGAACUUUUAAGAAGGCACCCAUUAAUUGAAAUUAAUUCCAGGUGACUACCACAUGAAGCUGGUUGAGAGAAUGCCAAGAGUGUCCAAAGCUGUCAAGGCAAAGGGUGGCUAUUUGAAGAAUCUCAAAUAUAAAAGAUAUUUCAAUUUGUUUAACACUUUUUUGGUUACUACAUGAUUCCAUAUGUGUUAUUUCAUAGUUUUGAUGUCUUCACUAUUAUUCUACAAUGUAAAAAUAAAGAAAAACCCUUGAAUGAGUAGGUGUGUCCAAACUUUUGACUGGUAGAGUGUAUAUAUAAAAUAUUAGAAUCGCAGUAUCACAUCUCAAUACAUAUAGAAUUGUGACAAUCGCAAUACAUAUCGUUUCGGCACCUAAGUAUUGUGAUAAUAUCAUAUCGUGAGGUCCCUGGCAAUUCUCAGCCCUAGUACACACACGAACACGCACACACACACAAAGUAUCCCAGCUUAGAGUGAUCCCGAACAGUGUCGGUGCUAAUCAAACGUUCAGUACUUAGAUAACAAGGCUCCUCUUUGAUUGGGGCUCGUUGGCUCCCUAACACCGUUUUAUCUCAGUGUUCUUUAAUGAACUGAUUGUCUUAACUGUUAGGGAAAUGUCUUGAUAUCAAACUGAAAUGCUGCGUCAACAUCCAGCCUCCGCUCCCAAUUGUGAAAUGACGAUGAUGCCUCUCAUGUACAUUAAUUUAACUUUAGAAGUAGUGGGGAUGUAUCAGAACCUAAUCUAUUUAUGUAUACUGAACAGAAAUAUAAACGCAACAUGUAAAGUGUUGGUUCCAUGUUUCAUGAGCUGAAAUAAUAGAUCCCAGAAAUUUUCCAUAUGCACAAAAAGCUUAUUUAUCUCAAAUUUUUUGAACAAAUUAGUUUACAUCCCUGUUAGUGAGCAUUUCUCCAUUGCCAAGAUAAUCCAUCCACCUGACAGAUGUGGCAUAUCAAGAAGCUGAUUAAACAGCAUGAUCAUUACACAGGUGCACCUUGUGCUGGGUACAAUAAAAUGUUCCGUUUUGUCACACAACACAAUGCCACAGAUGCCUCUUUUGAGGGAGCGUGCAAUUAGCAUGCUGACUGCAGGAAUGUCCACCAAAGCAGAUGCCAGAGAAUUGAAUGUUAAUUUCUCAACCAUAAGCUGCCUCCAACGUCGUUUUAGAGAAUUUGGCAGUACAUCCAGCCGGCCUUACAACCGCAGACCACAUGUAACCACGCCAGCCCAGGACCUCCACAUCCGGCUUCUUCACCUGUGGGAUUAUCUGAGACCAGCCACCCGGAACGGCCGAUGAAACUGAGGAGUAUUUCAGGCUGUAAUAAAUACUUUUUGUCUGGGAAAAACCGACUGGAUGGGCCUGGCUCCCCAGAGGGUGGGCCUAUGCCUUCCCAUGCCCACCCAUGGCUGUGCCCCUGCCCAUUAAUGUGAAAUCCAUAGAUUACGGACUAAUUUAUUUAUUUCAAUUGACUGAUUUCCUUAUAUGAAUUGUAUCUCACUAGAAUCAUGUUGCGUUUAUAUUUUUGUUCAGUAUAUGUAGGCUAAACUUAAGAAAAAUUGUAAUGAGGACAUUUUAGUGUUUAAACCAACCACUUAAAUCAGAUGAUUCAAUAUGAAUAUAAUGAUUAUACGAUAGAUAUUAAUCAAUUAAUUUAAUCCCUCUCAUAUAAUUCAAGUUAUCACAUCUUUUAGUAAAUAUCUACAUUUUUAAUAUGCCAAAGUCUCCAUUAGUGAUAUGAUACCUUAACUCAUUCAGUUGAUGAAAUCAUACAUCACUUCAACCAUCCAAGCUCAAGUAAUUAUUUUCUCUCCAACUGAGCUGCAUUCAGCAACAUGCUAGCUGAAAUGAGGCCAUCUCCAUGGUAACAUGACAGUUGGCCGUCACCAUGCUCACUUUGGAACCACAAACAUUCAAUACAGUGGCUGAGAGACACAGUCGGCGUCCCAAAUUGCACCCUAUUCCCUAUAUACUGCUCUACUUUUGACAAGAGCCCUAUUGGCCCAGGUCAAACGUAGUGCACUAAAUAGGGAAUGGGGUGCAAGUUGGCGCACAGACACAGCCAUCUCUCUACCGCUAAUGAAUGUUGAUCAGUUUUGAAACAUUAAAGAAGUGUCAUAUCUGCUGUUCUUUUGUUAAAUUCUGUAUUCUGUUAUUAUGAAGGGGCCGAUACGUGUGAAUAGAUUUCUCUAAAUAAGUCACACUUGUGGUUUGGGGACAUUGUUGUGAUAAAAAAUGCUAUGGUAGUUGGCGGUCACAUUGGGUAGCCGUAUUCCCAAAUGGCAGUAGCGGUCAUACGUUGCAGGCAGUGGUUGUUGUGCUGUAUUUCAGAGGAUGAAUAGAUCAAUAAGUCUGCCAAGCUCUCGACGUGUCAUAACGGUUGACCAAGUGCACAUUGAUAGCAGAACAUUGGUCAGGUCGUUACUGCAAAAGAGAAUGUGUUAUCACUGGCUUACAUGGAUGCAAAUAGGCCUAGAAGAAAAUAGUUACAUGCAGUAGUUAGUCGAGUAAUACUGUAUAUUUGAAUAAUGCCUAAUGUGAAAAUGCAAUACAUAUGCAAAAUACUUCACAUUCAGCGUCACUUAAUGCGACGUAGGCUGCUGUGCAUAAUAUUUACCAACCAAAGUGUUCAGGGAGUUCCUUGAAGAGACCUUGCCUUCUUCAAGACACAGUUGAAUAUUUUAUAGGUACAACUGAACUUCUGGAAAUGUUUUGGAUAGACUUCAUAAGCCUAUCUUGUCACUCCCCUUGGGGAAGCGCUGAAGUGGUUGCUACCAGUGUUUCCCUGCUCCUAGUAGCUCUUACUAGCCUGGUUUUCACUCUGUAUUUGCUUUAGCAGAAACAUUUUCGAUGCCAAACAGCAAUAACAAUGGAGUCGGCUAAAGCAGAAAGAACAAAAAGGGACUGGCACACAGGCUAACUGAUAUACAUUCCCAUUCACAGCAAGUGCAGGCCUGACAUGAUGCUCUUUGUACCCCGGCCCACCUGGCUCCUGUCUCUCUGACCUCAUUGGGAAUGCUUAACUGCAUAUCACCUUCACUGUCUUUGGCUGCAGUCAGCUAGAAAGGGACCGAAAACUUCCCCACAUCUCACCCUGUCCUCUCUCUCUCUCUCUCCCUCUCUCUCUCCCUCCCCUUCAUUCUCGAGGACAUCUUCUCUAGCAUAACAUCCGCUACUAUACUCCUUCUAUAGCUCUCUAUCUCUUCUAUUACUACUAGUAUCUCCUCCAUCAUCAUUAGAUAGCUAUAGCUCUCUAGAUCUCUAUCUAUCUUCUCUCUCUCUCUUCUCUCUCUCUCUCUCUCUCUCUCUCUCUUCUCUCUCUCUCUUCUUUACUUUCCUUACUAUCUCUGGUUCCUCUUCUUUCGCUCUGUUAGCUUAGUGUUGCUCUUUUCCCUUCCCUGGCAGUCUGUGUUGACUUAAGCCACACAGGAUUACAUUAAUGUAAUUUAAUGUUGUCAAGUGUGUUUUAACCUCGCUCUGUCACAGAUUAGCCUCUCAGUCAUGGGAUCAGGGGUCAGACUUUACUAUGUUGGGUCAAAUUUAGCUAGUAGGGGCCUGGAGUGGUCUAGCAGUUGGUGUGUUUGAAUCCGACCGACUGCCCUUCUAACGCACUCUAUCCUAACUUUCCUUCCACUCUUUCAAUUUGUCUGUCCAAUAAAGAUGAAAAAUACAACAACCAAAAAUAUAUAAAAAGUAGCUAGUCACUACGUUUUGGAAAAGUGUAUUUGAACAGUUUUGCUUUGCGCUGUCCCUAGGUUUCUCUUGCAUGCAGGUCAACUUAUAUGGAGUUGUUUGUCAAAGGUGAAGUCACAAGUCAUGUAUUGACGAGUAUGUGUUUCUUUUGCGACAUGCAGGCGCGGAGUGCUGAGGUCCCCGAGCUGAGCACCGAGCCCCUCCUGCGCUCCUGCAGCAGCACAGCCAGCAUGAAGGUCAAGAACGUCAAGAAGUGA